CUGAUGUGGAUUGCAAGAAUCUCACAAAUUUCUUUAAAGAAGAACUAAAGUAUCAGGUGGAAUGUACAACAAGAGAUAUGACAAAGUUGGAGUUAAUGAAGUAUUUCCAAGAAAUUGUCAGAACAUACUUAACAGAGAAGUCAAAGGAUUAUCAUUCCUUUAUCUGUGUAAUUAUGAGUCAUGGAAAUAAGGAUGGAAUUCUUACAACAAAUGGAUUAAUCACAGUGGAAGAAAUAAAACAGCCAUUCAAAAACAAAACUGGAGGCAAAUUUAAUGGUAAACCAAAACUAUUUCUCAUUCAAGCCUGUCGUGGAGGAGAAAAGCAGGAAAAGGUUGUGGUGUCUGAUUUUUUUGGAACUAAAAUCCAUACUGGUCAUGUUGGAAGGUGUGAUGAAUUUCCUGGAAACAGACAAAGAAGAAGUUCUGUUGAGACCUCUGUUAUUAAACCAGGAAUUCUAGAUCAGCCAUCUGCCUCAUCAGAAGUUUUCUGUACUGAUGCUCAUAGUUUUUCUUCAAAAAAUGUUCCAACAGAUGCUGACAUUAUAGUAGCAUAUGCAUCAACACCAGGAUAUAUAUCAAUUCGAAAUAUAUAUGAAGGAGCACUUUUCAUAAGAGCUUUCUUGUCUGUUGCCAAGAAUAAAUACAAGGAUGAACAUAUCGAGAAGAUAUUAAGAAAAGUGAGACAUGAAUUAGCUAUGAAUCCAGAAUAUGCACCACAAUCUGGAAGCUUGGCAGGAAAAUGUCAGAUGGGAAUGUUAGAGACUACAUCUAUGAAGGAAUUUUUCUUGUAAUGACAGUUCAAUAAAACUUAUUUGGGAGGAAAAUUGUUAUCAAACCAUUUAUGACCAGUAUCAUAAAUUAAGUAUAUAUUUUCCAAGUUCAAGGAUUUAUGCAACUGAUUUAAAGUCGUCAUUUUUUUAUGAAUAGAUAAAACCUUUUUGUUUAUUCAUAAAACAUUGAAAAUAGCGUCUCAAAUUUAUUCAUAAGGUCCAGUUUUAUUUUCUUUCCUUUCGCCAUUAGUGGUGUUAUUAUGAAAAAAACAAACUUUUGUGAGUGAUAGUUCAUUUAUUUGUUUUGUUUUGAAUCAAAUGUUCUUUUAUUAGUCCGUCUGUCCGUUCGUCCAUCUGUCCUGCUUCAGGUUAAAGCUUUUAAUCAAGGUAGUUAUUGAUGAAGUUGAAGUCCAAUAAACUUGAAACUUAGUACAUAUGUUCCCUAUUAUAUGAUCUUUUUAAUUUUAAUACCAAAUAAGAGUUUUGACCCCAAUUUCACAGUCCACUGAACAUGGAAAUGAUAGUGCGAGUGGGGUAUCCGUGUGCUAUGGACACAUUCUUGUUUUGAAAUCUUUUUUAUAUACAGUAUUUUCAUCAUUAAAGAAUAAAUCAUUAUUGUUGAUACAUGUUUUUGGUUUGCAUAGAAUUUUUCAUUAACAAAUGAAUGAAACGUUCAGAUCACACCAGACUUAUUGUACAUAUCAUUGAGAUAUUUUAGCACUAUCAUUGUACAUAUCAUUGAGAUAGUUUAGCACUAUCAUUGUACAUAUCAUUGAGAUAUUUUAGCACUAUCAUUGUACAUAUCAUUGAGAUAUUUUAGCACUAUCAUUGUACAUAUCAUUGAGAUAUUUUAGCACUAUCAUUGUACAUAUCAUUGAGAUAUUUUAGCACUAUCAUUGUACAUAUCAUUGAAAUAUUUUAGCACACUCAUUGUACAUAUCAUUGAGAUAUUUUAGCACUAUCAUUGUACAUAACAUUAAGAUAUUUUAGCACUAUCAUUGUACAUGAAAUUGAUAUAUUUUAGCACUAUCAUUGUUUAGAUAGUUUACAGAUUUUAGCACUAUCUUUAUUCAGAUAGGUUACAGAUUUUAUCACUUUCAUUGUUCAAAGAAUUGACAAUUUCGUAUGAUCAUUAUAUAGAGCAUUGACCUUUUUUAGCAGUUUCAUGGUAGACAUAAUUGGCUGAAUUUAGCACUAUCAUUGUAAAUAUAAUUGACAUAUUUUAUCACUUUUAUUGUGCAUAGAAUUGACAUAUUUUAACACUAUCAUUGUACAUAUAAUUGACAUAUUUUAUCACUUUCAUUGUACAUAUAAUUGACAUAUUUUAAUACUUUCAUUGUACAUAUAAUUGACAUAUUUUAACAAUGGUAUUGUACAUAUUAUUGACAGACUUAAAGCACUGUCAUUGUACAUUUAUUUGACAAAUUUUAGAUAUAUUAUUGUACAAAGAAUUUACAGAUUUACAAAUAAUUUUAUAAAAUUAGCAAUAUCACUAUAAAAAUAAAUAGAUGUGGUAUAAUUGCCAACUAUCCACCAAAGUUCAAAUGAAGUGGAUGUAAGCAAUUUGAGCCAACCGCACGGCCUUCAACAAUGGCCCUGACAUAAAAAAUAUUAAACUCUUCAAUUGAGAAAACUAACAGCCUAAUUCAUAACAGAACAAUUUACGAAAAACAAAUAUGACAGACAAUGAACCAGCGACAACCACUGAACUACAGGCUCCUGAUUUGGGACAAGCACAUAAAGAAUGUGGCGCGGUUAAUCAUGUUUGAACAGCACUAAGCCCUCCCCUAACCUGAGACAAUGGGGUUAAAUCACAACUUACGAACAAACUAUAAAAUCAGAGGUCUCAAGUCAUCAGAUCGAUACCAAGCAGAGAAAAAAGACUCUAUAAUUAUAGAUUUGAUAGUCUUCCCAGUUACUGACAGUAAGUUCAAAGCCAAUAGCAACGAAUAAAAAAAAAUCAUGUAUCUCAGAUUGAAAUGUCAUUCAGUACACACCCAACGUCCACUGAAUUUAGUGUAAAGAUGACAUUAAGAGUCAGAGAAAAACAUGACCUUGUGCAAUGCCAAAAUAUAAGUAUCAACAGAUUGUACCGUGACAUAAACAUGUGUAUAACAAUAAUAUUAAGUUUGGUUUUAAUUUUACUGGUUUAAAAAAUUAAAAUAUGAUCUUGUGCAAUGCCAAAAUAUAGGUUUUAAUGUCUGAUAAAAAAAAAUAUUUAUACCAAUAAGAACAACAUUCAAAGAUUUAAUUCCAAUGUGGAAUUGGUAACCUAGCUUUCAGAAUAAGUUAUUUAAAGGAUUGAUAAGUUUACAUGGACCGUCUCUAAAUUUCCUGGCUCGGUUUACAACAUCACCGUAAAAUUUACGAUUUGCUAUUCCGUUUGAAAUAAGUAUUCUACAGGUAUAGCCAAACGUGCAAACUAAAUAUUUGUAUCUAUGGAAGAAUUUAGUAAAGGUUUUAAGUAGUUUUUAGUAACGAAAACUCUGACAUUAUAAUUUAUUAGUAAUACAUUGAAAUCCAAAACGACACUACAGGCAUGGGCAUAACGAAUGAGUUGGGAGAUAUAAACACUGUAAGACGUUGCCAAAGGAAAUCACCGUCCAAAAAAGGAAAAUUAUUUAUAGGGAAAGAAAAAUCACCCAUUUUGUUGUAACUUUUUGUAUACAUUUUUUAUCAUUAAACAGACAAUAGACUACUUUCGAGUUAUGUCCUUCACUUCAAAUGUUCUUCAAUUAUGCUUGCCUUUAUAACGUCAUUUACCAGAUAGAGGAAACCGCCUGUAUCCCUGCACUAUCAAGUUCACCAAGCAUCUUUGGGAUUGUCUUUAUGCUAAAACUAAAAAAAAGAUGUUUGUUCCAAAGGUUUUUUAAUCACAAUUCCAUAAUGACAGCAGUUCUGAUAACCAAUUAUAAGAAUUUAAUUUGCCGAACAAUUUGUGCAAUUUAUAUAUAGGAUCAUAUUUGUUAAACCUCUCAACAUUGGAAGGAAGUGACAAUACGAAUGAUGUCAACUAAAACCAAAAUUUUGACGGGAAUCCAUGAACUCGAAAAUGGUCGAUUGACAGAUUUCAGGACUAUAAUUGUAUAGAAAAUAGUCAGAAUAUAGCACUGUCAUUGUACAUAUAACUGAGAUGUUAAAGUACUAUCAUUGAACAGAUAACUGACAUAUUUUAUCACUAUGAUUGUACACAUAACUGACAGAAUUUAGCAUUUUGUUUUAUUGUACAUAUAAUAACUGACAGAUGUUAUCCCUAUCAUUGUACAUAUAAUAACUGACAUAUUUUAGCACUGACAUUAUUGAGACAAUCAAUAUUUUAAAAUCAUUCAGGCUUCUGUUUUCAAUUUAUAUAUCUUUAAAAUAUAUUUUGUAAUGUUAUUUUACUUUAU